AUGCCGCCGCUGCUGCGGGCGGGCCGCGCCUGGGGCCGGGUGGGCCUGCCCGGGCUGUGCCGGGCCCUGGGGCACCAGCGCCGCCGCAGUAGCACUUUUGAUGUGGUUGUUGUCGGCGGUGGAAUUGUGGGGCUUGCGUCUGCCAGAGAGCUCAUUCUGCGACACCCAUCGCUCACGUUCGGUGUGCUGGAAAAGGAGAAGGAGUUAGCCUGCCACCAGAGUGGACAUAACAGUGGUGUCAUUCAUAGUGGAAUUUACUACACACCUGGAUCUCUGAAAGCUAAAUUGUGCGUGCAGGGUGCGGCCCUCUGCUAUGAAUACUGUGACCGAAAGGGAAUUCCAUACAAACAGUGUGGCAAGCUCAUAGUGGCUGUUGAACAAGAAGAAAUUCCAAGACUCAAAGCACUGUAUGAGAGAGGGCUGCUGAACAACGUCAGAGAUCUGAAACUGAUAAGUGCAAAAGAAAUACAAGCAAAGGAGCCCUUUUGCAGGGGUGUGAUGGCCCUUGAUUCCCCAUACACUGGCAUUGUGAAUUAUAGACAAGUGGCCCAGUCCUAUGCGGAAGAUUUCCAGGAAGCGGGUGGUGCAGUCUUGACAGAUUUUGAAGUAACAGACAUGGAGAUGGCUAAAGAGAGUCCUUCAGAAAGUGAAGACGGGAUGAAAUAUCCAGUUGUUGUUAGAAACUCUAAGGGAGAGGAAAUCCGCUGUCAACAUAUCGUGACCUGUGCAGGACUCUACUCAGACCGCCUCUCCGAAAUCAGUGGAUGCAGCCGUGAGCCUCGCAUUGUGCCCUUCCGUGGAGACUACUUGGUGUUAAAGCCAGAAAAAUGCUAUAUGGUUAAAGGAAACAUUUAUCCAGUUCCUGAUCCUCGGUUUCCCUUUCUGGGAGUUCAUUUCACACCGAGGAUGGACGGCAGUGUUUGGCUUGGUCCUAAUGCAGUGCUAGCCUUUAAGCGAGAGGGUUAUAAACUCUAUGACUUCAGUGCCGGAGACUUUAUAGAUGCAGUUGUAUACAGUGGUUUAUGGAAACUGGUGUUCAGAAACAUCUCUUACGGAAUGAGUGAAAUCUACAGAGCAUGUUUCCUUAGUGCACAGGUGAAGCAACUUCAAAAGUUCAUCCCUGAAGUUACCAUCAGUGAUAUACUCAGGGGUCCAUCUGGAGUAAGAGCGCAGGCCUUGGACCAGGAUGGAAAUUUGGUAGAUGACUUUGUAUUUGAUGGAGGCACUGGCGAUAUUGGAAGCCGAGUUCUUCAUGUCAGAAAUGCCCCAUCUCCUGCCGCUACCUCCUCCCUUGCCAUUGCAAAAAUGAUUGCCGAUGAAGUGGAGCGAAGAUUUGGCUUGUGAAAUGAACCGGCACCACACUGGUUGUAUCCACUCUUGGUUAGCUGUGUGACUGCACUGAAUGAAGUCUGCGGUUUGUCAGAGUGAAGAUAAAUUGGAAGUCGUCUUGUUCGGCAAAUGAACACUGUCCUUUAGGCUGUAGAAUACAAAACUG